GCGGCUGAGGCGGCGGCGGGAGCCGGGAGCGGCGACUCGGCACGCGGCCUCGCUCGGUUCCUCGCUCUCGGGUCGCGCGGCGGCGGCGGCCCCCCGCGCACGCGCACAACGCUCCGCGCCCGCCGGAUCCUGCGACCCCGCGCCGCGCCGCAGAGGGCGGCAUGCGGGACUACGACGAGGUGACCGCCUUCCUGGGCGAGUGGGGGCCCUUCCAGCGCCUCGUCUUCUUCCUGCUCAGCGCCAGCAUCAUCCCCAACGGCUUCAGCGGCCUGUCGGCCAUGUUCCUGGCGGGGACCCCCGAGCACCGCUGCCGGGUGCCGGACGCCGCGAACCUGAGCGGCGCGUGGCGCAACCACAGCGUCCCGCUGCGGCUGCAGGACGGCCGCCAGGUGCCGCACAGCUGCCGCCGCUACCGGCUGGCCGCCAUCGCCAACUUCUCGGCGCUCGGGCUGGAGCCGGGGCGCGACGUGGACCUGGCGCAGCUGGAGCAGGAGAGCUGCCUGGACGGCUGGGAGUUCAGCCGGGACGUCUACCUGUCCACCAUCGUGACCGAGUGGAACCUGGUGUGUGAGGACGACUGGAAGGCCCCCCUCACGGUCUCCAUGUUUUUCGUGGGAGUGCUGGUGGGCUCCUUCAUUUCGGGGCAGCUCUCGGACAGGUUUGGUCGGAAGAAAGUGCUGUUUGCAACCAUGGGCAUGCAGACAGGCUUCAGCUUCCUGCAGGUCUUCUCAAAGAACUUUGAGAUGUUUGUCGUGCUGUUUGUCUUGGUGGGCAUGGGCCAGAUCUCCAACUACGUGGCGGCGUUUGUCCUGGGAACAGAAAUUCUUGGCAAGUCAGUUCGCAUCAUAUUCUCCACGUUAGGAGUCUGCAUAUUUUAUGCGUUUGGCUACAUGGUGCUGCCGCUGUUUGCUUACUUCAUCCGAGACUGGCGGAUCCUGCUGCUGGCGCUGACGGUGCCGGGGGUGAUGUGCGUGGCCCUCUGGUGGUUCAUCCCUGAGUCCCCGCGGUGGCUCAUCUCUCAGGGGCGAUUUGAAGAGGCCGAGGUGAUCAUCCGCAGGGCGGCCAAGAUCAACGGGACUACUGCCCCUCCCACCAUCUUUGACCCGAGUGAGUUACAAGACCUGAGCUCCAAGCAGCAGCCGUCACACAGCAUCCUGGAUCUGCUCCGGACCCGGAACAUCCGCAUCGUCACCGUCAUGUCCAUCCUCCUGUGGAUGACCAUAUCAGUGGGCUAUUUUGGGCUUUCCCUCGACACUCCCAACCUGCAUGGGAACAUCUAUUUGAACUGCCUCCUCUCGGCAGUGGUGGAGGUCCCAGCGUACGUGCUGGCCUGGCUGCUGUUGCAGCACGUGCCCCGGCGCUACUCCAUGGCCACCGCGCUGUUCCUGGGCGGCAGCGUCCUCCUCUUCGUGCAGCUGGUGCCCCCAGACCUGUCUUACUUGGCUACAGCCCUGGUGAUGGUGGGCAAGUUUGGAAUCACCGCUGCCUUCUCCAUGGUCUACGUGUACACGGCCGAGCUGUACCCCACGGUGGUCAGAAACAUGGGCGUGGGCGUCAGCUCCACGGCGUCCCGCCUGGGCAGCAUCCUGUCCCCCUACUUCGUCUACCUCGGGGCCUAUGACCGCUUCCUGCCCUACAUCCUGAUGGGAAGUCUGACCAUCCUGACAGCCAUCCUCACCUUGUUUCUCCCAGAGAGUUUCGGCACCCCACUCCCAGACACCAUUGACCAGAUGCUGAGGGUCAAAGGAAUAAAAUACAAGCAGACUCCGAGUCAAGCAAGGAUGUUAAGAGAUGGCGAAGAAAGUGGCGUCAUCCUUAAAAGCACAGCCUUCUAACACAGCUUCCGGUAAGUGAGGCACGUAAGAGGAA